GAAACAAGGACACAAGCUCUCUCAAGCAGCCUACAGCCCAGUCAUGAAUGUCUUAGUGCUGCUUGCUCUUGCUGUUUUCACUGGGUGCAAUGCCAAUGGCCUGUGGCAGGACCAGUCUCAGCAACAGCUGGACAUGGUGAAAGAUGCAUUCUGGGACUAUGUCGCCAAGGCAACACUCACCGCUGAGGACACCCUACAGAAGAUCCGACAGUCAGAGGUGGCACACGAAGUUAACACCAUGGUCUCUGAGAGUGCUGAUGCUGUGAACCAGUACACCGUGGCCAUGCGUGGGCAGGUGACUCCUCUGACUCAGGACCUGCUGGCAAAGUUUUCCCAGGAGGCCGAGCAGCUUAAAGCUCGUCUGGAGAAGGACCUGAGCACCAUGACAGCCAAGCUGCAGCCCUACUCUGACGAGUGGAACGCAGACAUCCAGAGGCAGGUGGAGGAGCUGAAAAGGGACAUGACCACCUACGCUGAGGCCCUGGACUCUGACGCCCUGAAGACCACUCUACUCCAGAAGAGUGAGGAGCUGAAGGGAAGCCUGGAGAAGAGUGUGCAGCAGCUGCAGGCCCAGCUGGGCCCCUACACGGAGGAUCUGAAGCAGAAAAUAGACCAGAACCUGGAAGAGUUCCAAAAGAGCAUGAUUCCCCUGACCCAGAGCUUCCAGACACAGCUGACCCAGAGAACCCAGGAGCUCCAGCAGAACCUGGCCCCCUAUGGAGAGGAGCUGAAGAAGCUGGACCCAUUGGCCCAGGACCUGAAGGCCCAACUAGCUGCUCUCUGGGACUCCUUCACCAAGAAGAUCCAGUAAUCAGACUGAUUUUACUUGGUCUACUAGAACUGUGUAGUGAUUAGUCAUUUUCCAUCAAAGUGCAAAAGGGGCAAUAUGUACAUUUAGGUACCACUAUUAUGUUGUUUCACUGUAUCAGUUACGGGACUCUCCAUCUCCUGAUAAAGUUGUGUGUGAUCUGACGUCUACAUGCAGAGCUGUGUGUUUGUGUGUGUGUGUGUGUGUUUGUCUCCAUACCGGCAGGCCUCUGGAAGAUCUACUGCCUCUCUAAUGUGUUAAUAGUGUGAACAUCAAUAAUGCAAAGGCCUAACACUCCACUCUGGAAACAGACUCACUCACUCCCUCACACACUCUGCCAGGGGAGGUAGAAGAAAUUGAGAAUUUGGAGGUGGAGAAUGUGUAAAAUACAAAGGCUGUUUAGACACAGGGCUGAAUUAAACCGAACAUGUUUGAAGAGUUUAAUUACAAAAUGCAAUAUAUUCAUUUUCAGAAAUAUUGGUAAAUUGACAUGAAAUAAAAACACAUUAUGAACGAGAUAGAGCUAUUAUUUUUCUGUCUUACCAUGACAUGGGCUAGUGAAAAGACAGACAUGACUUAGUUUAGAAUAUAUUGCAAGGUCUUUUAUUUUAGAGAGACAAAUAAUCUUGUUUUGUGGCAAACCGCUAUAUAUCCACCCCAAACAACAGAACUCCAAUAGGAAAAGCAUCCCGAUUGGGUUUUAAACAGUUACAUGUAAUAAAGUAUCAAUACAUAAAUAAAUAUGAACAUAAUACAUUUGUCUCAUAUUGUGCAAA